AUGCGGUCCGGCCACGUGUCCAUGAACGUGACGCUGCCGGCGGGCUCGUUUAACCUGGGCGAGUACCCCGGCCAGCUGGGCAUCUGCCAGGCGGUGUUCAACAGCCCGGGCAACAUGGACGCGGGCUCGUUGUGGAUCAUUGGGUCGCCGCUGCUGAAGGCUUAUUACACGGUUUGGGAUGGGCUUAAUCACAAAAUUGGAUGGGCUACGUUGAAGAGUCCCUCAGGUGGUGAUGGUCAGUGUACCUGCAAGCCUGCUACGGCAUGA